GGACUAUUGAUUGUCACAGUGCAAGCUCGCAUACCUUCUCUGAGGCCACCCAUCUGUACAUCAGUUAACAGAAACAUUGCAUGCGAAGAAGUUGAUGAUGUCCAAGCAGCUAUGUUAUUUUCUGGCCUUUACCUGGUGGCCCUAGGUGUUGGAGGCAUAAAAGGCUCACUUCCUCCACAUGGAGCUGAGCAAUUUUAUGAGCACCUAACACAAGGAAGGAAGCACAGAUCAUCAUUUUUCAAUUAUUACAUCUUUUGCCUUUCUUGUGGAGCACUUAUUGCAAUGACAUUAGUGGUGUGGGUAGAAGAUAAUAAAGGCUGGCAGUGGGGUUUUGGCAUCUCAACCAUAGCAAUAUUGACCUCCAUUGUGAUUUUCCUCCUAGGCUCUGGGACUUAUAGGAUCAAAGUUCCCACAGGAAGCCCUAUUACAACCAUUUUUAAGGUUGCAGUUGUAGCAAUUUGCAACUCUCUCCAUCCUAGGAAUUCUACCAAUUCUACGGUAGAAAUUAGGACAAACCCCUCAAGCACAACUGAGUCUAGUGAGGAAGAAGGACAUGAGAAAGGGAAGGCAGAGGCUGAGAUCAAAUCAGAGGACAUGAAGUCAAAGAAUACUAAUAUGAACUUCCAUAGAUAA